AUGGAUAAUUUAAGUAAAUUGGAGGGCAGAGUUAAACGAACUUUCAUAAAAUCGAGGAGGCUUUCAGGUUUCGGCGACCAGUAUUUGGGAUUUGGAGAUUACUCACUUCGUGUCGCAAUUGAAUGGUUCGCUGCUAUUGGUUGUGCUCCAUUACAGUCAAUCAGUGACCGGUUUCUGCCGCGCCGAUGGAUUCACAGACGAUUGAUCAUCAAAGGGGGGAAAAUGUGGCUGUUUAGACUAUUUCUGGUUUUGCUGAGUUUUGCUUUCCUGGUUCUCCCCAGUGCUCAAGCAUGGAGCAAAGAAGGCCACGUUCUAACAUGCCAAAUUGCACAGGGCCUCCUGAAUCCAGACGCAACAGAGGCCGUCCAAAAUUUACUACCGGAAAAUGUCGACGGAAACCUGUCGGCGUUGUGUGUUUGGCCGGACCAAAUCCGACAUUGGUAUCGGUAUCGCUGGACCAGUCCUCUUCACUUCAUUGACACGCCCGAUAAUUCCUGUUCUUUCCUCUACACGAGAGAUUGCCACGACAACGGCGGCGUCGAGAACAUGUGCGUCGCCGGCGCCGUUCGCAAUUUCACCACUCAGCUCGCGCACUACGCAGAAGGGGGCUCCGAUCGUCGACAUAACUUGACCGGGGCGUUAUUAUUUCUAUCGCACUUCCUUGGGGAUAUUCAUCAGCCAAUGCACGUGGGGUUCACGAGCGACGAGGGAGGGAACACCAUAAACUUACGGUGGUACCGCCACAAGUCCAAUCUACACCACGUGUGGGAUAGGGAGAUUAUUCUCACAGCUCUAGCAGAUUAUUACGACAAGGACUCGGGCCUCCUCCUACAAGACAUACAAAGGAAUUUGACCCAUGGAAUUUGGACCCAUGAGAUUCCAACAUGGCAGCAUUGCGAAGAUCUUGAUUCAUGCGUAAACAAGUGGGCUGAGGAGAGUAUAAGCUUAGCUUGCAAGUGGGGUUAUGAAGGAGUUGAGGCUGGUACAACUUUAGCAGAGGAUUACUUCGAUUCAAGGAUGCCAAUAGUGAUGAAACGCAUUGCUGAAGGUGGAGUCCGGUUGGCCAUGCUUUUGAACCGGGUUUUUUCUGAUGGAGGAGGAGGAUUCGCCUCCUCAACUUGAUUAUUAAUCCGACCGCUACAUUUAAUAUAAUAUUAGCCAACAAAAACUCUCUCUUCUGUUUUUAUGUUUAUAAAAUUAAAUUUCUUUCUUUAUUUCUGUAACAUAGUAGUAGCAAAUGCAGUAGAAUCAGUUUAUUACGUUUAAAUCGUAGAUUUGAAUUCUCUCCACUUAAUUUGUAAUGUUAUAUUGUAAAGAAGAAAUCUAACGAUCAUUGACUAACAAUCUUGUUGAAUGAGAAA